GCCUUUUCUUCUCUUCUUCCUCCGUUCGGCGGUGCAGCGUCCGCUAGCAGGAUGACGACCAGCCAGCCGCCUUGGCGGCCGGAGCAUCUGAAGCGAGCGUGAACGCCGAACCCAAAUGACAGCAGUGGAUCGGAGGCCUUGAAGCCGACGCCAGCGUCUGUCUCGGGAGCACGAGGGGAAUAGAACAGCAGAGCCGAACUGCGUUGGUCCACCCUGGUGAUGCACGGUCCGUCCGCGGAUUCACGUCGAGGUUCCGGCGAGCCCACCGACGGACGCUAGUAUGUGUUAGCUGAGCGGAGGUUCUGAUGGUUGUGGAACACCCGCUCACUGGAUCUAACAGGGAGCCCUCCUGUGUGACGUCACGCAACAGCUGACCAUCACCGUGGAGGGCGUGGGAGACUCCCCUCGGGAAUCGCCACAUCAAUUCCCGCAGGCGGUGGGGCCAGACGUAGGCCGGACCAAGGGCCGGGCAGGCGGCGCCAUGGAGCGCUCGGCCAGCAUUCAGCUGGACGUCCCGGACUUCAGCAAUUCAGUGCUGUCCCACCUCAACCAACUACGGGUCCAAGGGCGGCUGUGCGACAUUGUGGUCCAUGUUCAGGGCCAGAGUUUCCGGGCCCACAAGGUGGUCCUGGCUGCCAGUUCGCCCUACUUCCGGGAUCACAUGUCCCUGAGCCAGAUGAGCACCGUGUCGCUGACAGUGAUCCGCAACGCAUCUGUCUUCGAGCAGCUUCUGGGCUUUUGCUACACGGGACGCCUGCGCCUGCAGCUGUGUGACAUCAUCAGCUACCUGACGGCCGCCAGCUUCCUGCAGAUGCAGGAAGUCAUUGAUCGCUGCACACACAUCCUGGAGGGCAUCCACCUUAAGAUCAGCCCGGCUGAUCCGGAUCGCCUGCUGGCCGAGCGGGAGGUGUCAGCGCCGCUGGCUCGCAGCCUGGAGGCGCCCACCCGGGAAGAGGAGGCGCUGCAGAGCCCGUUGGCUCAGUGCAGCCCGUCGGCUCAGCGCAGCCCGUCGGCUCAGCGCAGCCCGUCGGCUCGACGCCGCGGACAAGCGCUGCUCCACGUUGACAGGGCCGGCCAGUGGUACGUGGAGACGGGUGGCGAGGCCGACGAUGCCGCCGGCGGACUCUCCAUCAAGACGGAGUGGACGGAGCGGCGGAUCGGGGUGGGGCGCAGCCAGGACGGCUCAGGCCCAAAUGACAAAGGGGGAGGUGCUGGUGCCGAGGCCUUGGGCGGGGCUCGGCCCUCCAGCAGCCUCUGUGACACCGACAGUCCCUCAGGCAGCGUCCUCAUCCCUGCUGAGCGUCAACGAGCCAAAAGCGAAUCUCCGAGCAGAAGCCAAAACCCGCGACACGGCAACUCCCAGGGCGAAGAGGCGGCAGGGUCGUACGAGGAUUACGCCAGGGACCCGGUGGGAGAGCGCUGGUUCCGCUACAACCCACGACUGACCUGCAUCUACUGCUGCAAGUCGUUCAACCAGAAGGGAAGUCUGGACCGCCACAUGCGUCUUCACAUGGGCAUCACGCCCUUCGUAUGCCGCCUGUGUGGGAAGAAGUACACGCGCAAGGACCAGCUGGAGUACCACAUCCGCAAACACACCGGCAACAAACCCUUCACAUGCCGCCUGUGCACCAAGAGCUUCCCUUUCCAGGCCAUCCUCAACCAGCACCUGCGCAAGAACCAUCCGGGACACGACGCCCAGAGCGCCUCGCCAGAGACCACCACUGCCUCGCUCAGCACCAGGGGGGCCUCCCCAGGGCAGGAGGAACCCAAGGGAGGUGGCGUGGUGCCGCCCGCCGAGGGCCCCCACGGGUCCGUCUCCACCACGGGACCUGACUAACCACGGGGUUCCUUUUUGGCGGCGCCGGCAGCCAUGCCAACCACGGGGCCUGACCGACGCAAAGCCCGACUGACGCCGCUCAAGAGGCGCCCCUGGGACACGUUGGCGGGUGGUGGCAGCUUUGGCGCCGGGCACGGAGGCACCGCUCAUACGUCGCGGGUUGUCAAACUCCAUUACGGGGCCGGACAGAUGCAAACCUGAAGUCAGCCGACGCACGCAACGCGGCCCGCUCCGCCUGACGCCACGCAGCGUUCCCAAUACCGCACUCACCUCAACGGCCAUACCAUCUCACUUCCUCCUCAUGACCUCACAAAUCACAUCCUUGCCCCCCAACAAUCUAGCGCAGUGGCGCCUGUUAGCUUUUGUGUUAGCACCGGCACUAAUCGCAACCCACGCAACCUCCUUCAGGGCCGUCGUCGUUGAGUUCGGGUCUCAAUGUGCCAAAGCUAAGUUCACCUCGGGUAAGCUGAUAUGCUGAGUUACCUCAUCACCACCACCGGGGACGCACCGUGCUCAUCUUCACACUGAGACUUAUGUCCGAGUCCAUUUCCAAUAACUCAAGGACAAACUGCUGUCAAGUGUCUUGUUUUUUUGUGCUAAUCCAAGCCAACUGCUCUGACAGCUGGUUAGCUAGUGAGUCACAUGGAGUUGGCUUACAAGGUUUUUUUUAGCUGCCCGGGUGACGAAGCUUGUUUAAUUUACUAGCCACGCCGCAGAAGCUAACGGCUCGUCAACGCCAAUGCAGCCAGCGUAUGAGGCUGACAAAUGCACCUCCCUUUGUCAUCCUGGCAACCAAAGCAAAGAUGGCCACCGUGCAACUUCAGCACUUAAAAGACUUUUUAUAGAAAAACAUUCAAGCAUUUUCAAAGAUGAAGGCUGUUAACUUGUGACUGUAAAAUUCAUGAGGACUUGAAAGACAAACGAGAGCUGACACGACCAAGCUUUCUGUUGUGUAUUUGGAAAGUGCGUGUUAUUUUCAUCAGAUGCUUUUGUGAGAAGUGACCCCAAAAAGAUUGCUACUUGCAUGCUGAGGUCGCCGUUUUCACUCAGACCAAUUUGAGAGUUUGUGAGAAGUUCGGCACUGCUAAAAGAAAACCAGCGUCGACGAGCAUUGUUUUAGUUUUUUUGCUUGCCGAGCUGGUGACACCAAGAGCCAAAGCACAAUCUAAGCAGCCAAGAUUCAAAAAGCCGAACCUCAGCUCACUACCAACAGAGAAGACCACCACCGCUCCGCCCCUUACGCUGACGAGUAUUGACGUUUGGGCUCCUCAUUCUCCAAGAGACAAGCGAGCUGUCGAGCAAAGACACAUACGGGACUGGAUUUGCAUACAUAGCACAGCGCUAAAGUGGACCAACAUCCCUAGUUCAAGACCACAACACCUCAACCUGUUUGGCCUAGCCACCUCCUCCUAACACAUUACCUCAAAGGUCAAAGUUCCCGAUCAGGUCUCUGCACGCACACCCGCUCAGUUUCGAGUCUUUUCCGGGUCUGGCCGUAGUUAGCCGUUUGCAUGUCCUCCCCCCUAUGACUCCACCUCCAUCUUUUUUUCUUGUUUUGUUUUUUUCAUUUUGAUUGAUUGACAACUCCACUAAGAAUAUUUCAACAAGCAGGAAGUAAAACGUUUGAUGGAACGGACCCAGAGUCAAACUUCUUUCACGUGCAGCAAAAAUAAAUUUGACCGACAAUGUCAGUGCAGACAGGUUUUUUUUUUGGGAGGCGGGUCCGUGGAAGGAUUUGACCAAACACAAAUUUUUUUUAGGUGUGCUUUAUUCUCGAGUGAACAUGAAAAAUAUACAGUGUUAACAAAUUAAAAACAUGUGUAAAUUUG